CGCGUCCGGGCCGCGCAGCCGUAAGUGGUCGGCGGCGGUUCGGACCUCGAGUCUGGCCCCGGGGCGGGAGGGGUGGCCUUGGGUGCUCUGCUUGGCGUUUGCGCCACCUGUCACUCUGCAGGCGACAGAGGAAAGUCAGGCCGGGCAGCUUGCCCACGGCCACCCAGCACUGAGAAAAAGCCCCUGAGCGACAGACCCGCGGGAUAAACGCUGUUGCGACGUGAACCACGCUCCCGGAGGCCGGACGUUAAAGGGAACUGGGGGGAAGCCCUUCGCUGUAAAGCAGAGUGGGGGGCGGGACGCCCAGACUCUCUCGGCCCCUUGGGCGAGGCCAAGGGUCCGCAGGCGGGGCGAUCCUGCCCCCCAGGAAAGCCUGGGCGGUGUCUGGGCACAUCUGUGGUCCUCACGACUGGGGGGCGCCUGGACAGGGCCAGGGAUGCUGCUCAACACCUCACUGUGUCCAGGACUGUCUCUUCAGAGGACGACCGGGCCCUGGUGUCCCCAGUGCCACAGGGACCCUGCCUUAGGCCUUGGCAUUGAUUCUGGUGAGAUUCAGGGCCCACUCCGUUUAUGACAGACUCAGGAAGCAGCUGGCCGUCGCCAGCUCACCGACCCUCCCCUUCCCCGCGGGGCGUGCUCAUCAGGCCUUUCUUGUGGAGAAAGGACGAGUUUCGGUGGUUUGAACAUUGAAAGGGAAGAUCGUGAGCCAGAUGCCACAGGCCUGCCUGGAAGAGGGGUGUUGAGGGGGCCGUUGACAUCAGUCACUAGGGAGGAGGGUCCCAUGAAGUCCAGGCAGGGGGGGGCAGUUGGUCUGGAAAUGGUGGGAAGGGGCUGGAGGGCUUGGACCCAUUGACAGAGUUGCAUUUAAAGCCCCAAGAGCAAAGAAGGAGUCCUACGCAGUGUGGGGGGCAGGGUUGUACCCCCGCCCCCCAGCUUCAGAAAUCCCAGUGUGAAGCCCCUAGACAGCAGGCUAGGGCAAGGAGCCGCCUUUGGUGUUUCUAUGGCUUCCUGGGGCGGCCACUUAUCCUUUCAUAUUCGAAGGCCAGGAAUCGGUGAUCCAGGGCUGGUCCCUCCAGGCCUCUCUGUCCUUGGCAUGUAGACGGCCACUUUCUCCCCGCGUCCUCACUUGGUGUCCCUCUGUGCAUGUCUGUGUCCUUAUGUCUGCUUGUAAGUACACCAGUUGUGUCAGAUUAGGUCCCAUGUUACCUCAAUGACUUCUUUAAAGAUCCCCUCUCCAAACAGCCACAUUCGGAGGUCCUGGAGCUCAGGGCGUCAAUACGUGCAUUAGGGGGACAUGGUUUAGCCUAUCAUGACAGAAAUACUAUAUAUCUACUUCUGUGCUGUGUAUACAUCGGCCCUUUAUACCGAAAAAGAAGAAGUUAUUUUUCCCUCUUGCCCACUCUCCAAGAAUCCAUUCGCAGCACCUUAGGGGUGUCGGCACCCCAUUGUGAAUGCAUCUUCAAAUGUUAAUUUAAAAAAAUUUCCAUCCCUUCCCCUUGGGCACCCAUCAGCUUGUUCUCUGUAUCGAUGUAUCUGUUUGUUUUGUUUAUUCCUUUGGUUUUUUUGUAGAUUCCACAUAUAAGUGAAAUCAUACGGCAUUUGUCUUUAUCUGCCUUAUUUCACUGAGCACAAUGCUGUCUAGGUUUAUCAGUGUCGCACAUGGCAAGAUGUCAUUCUUGUUACGGUGAUAGUCCACUGUGUAUAUGUACCCCUUCUUUAUCCAGUUGUCUAUUCACGGGCACCCAGGUCACUUCCAUAUCUCGGUUGUUACUAGUGACGCUGCAGUGCACACAGGGGUGCAUAUGUCUUUUCGAAUUAGUGUUUUUGGAUUUCUUUGGCUAAAUACUGGAUCAUAUGGUAGUUCCGUUUUUAAUUUUCCGAGGCACCUCCAGACUGUUUGUCGUAGUGGCCGCAGCCAUUCGCAGUCCCGCCAGCAGCGCAUGAAGUCCCCUUUUUUCAUCUCUGCCAGCACUUGUCGUUUGUUGAUGUACUGACGACGGCUGUUCCGACAGGUGUGAGGUGAGAUCUCACUGUGGUUUUGAUUUGCGUUUCUCUGGUGUUUAGCGAUGCUGAGCAUCUUUUUUAUAAGUCUGUUGGCCAUCUGUUAGGUCUUCACAUUUCCCAAUGUUAAUAUUGUGGAACAUUUAUCAAAACGAAGGCAUUAACUGGAAUGGUAGUUACCAGGGACUGGGGAGCGGAGAGUGGGGAGCUGUCAAUCAACAGGCGUGACGUGUCAGUCAAGAGAGAUGAGUAAGCCCUGGAGACCCGCUGGCCAGCAUCACACCACAGCCAGCAGUAGUGACCCGGCCACUUACUUAACAGCUUGCUGUGAGGGCAGAUCUCACCGUGCGAGUUCUAACCACGAGAUAAAACCAAAACCCAGAAGAACAACUAUGACAUUAACACGGGUCCCGUGGCAUUAGCCAGACUACGAAUUUUAUUCAGAUUUCACCAGGCUUUCCGUUCACGACCUCUUUCUGGUCGAGGACCCCAUCUGGGGUCCAGGUGACAUUCAGUCAUCCCUUGUCCUCGGCCCCUCCCCCUGGAGGGUUUCUCUGUCUUCAUGGCAGUCGGGGAUUUUGUAGAAUGCCCCUCAGGUUGACUCUGACGUCUUCUUAGGGUUACCCCGGGGUUCUAGGUUCCGGAGAAGAAGCCCCAGAGGUGAGGCGUGGUCCUCGUGUCGUACCAGGGGACACCUGCUGCCCUCACAGCGUCGCUGGUGAAGGCGGGGCCCGCCAGGAGUCCCCGCUCGCAGUCUCUCUCUCCCCUUCUCUGCGGGUUGGCAGGAAGCCAGUCGCCGGGUCAGUCCUCGCCAAAGGGGAGGGGGCUUAAGUCAGCUGCCCCGAGGAAGGGGCAGCGAAGGAUUUCCCGAGGACACACAUUCAAACCACGACAGUCGUUAGUAAAUAUUUUGAGGGCGUAACUGCAGCUCUGCAGAUGGCCGGCGUCUUGCAGUCCGCGGGUCUUUUGUGGGAAUUCCCGCUGCUGGGGCAUGCCCAUGGCCACGUCUGCUUCCGAGGAGGUGACCUUGGAAGGGCUCACCCGAGAAUACAGGUCACGACGGUGAGGUGUCCAGUACACGACCCCAGCUCAUUACCCGGAGUCUGCGUGAGGGUUUGCCGUUGACAAGAGACUUCACCGCGAGGAGGAAGCAGGGCCACCUCGGGCUUCUAUCCGAAAACCAGAAGCGACAGCCAUCAUUGGUGGAAACAGGCGGGAGCUCUUGUCACAGGAUAAGAAAGCUGAGCGUGAGUCUAGGCCCAGCUCUGAGCACAGCGGGGGCCAGCGGGGACUUAAGGCAGAGGAGCAGGUGGGGUCAGUGGAUGGCCCAUCGCUAAGAGGAACCACCGGGGACAUUCUGGCUACAGCAGCUAACAGGAUUCGUGCUGUGGCAGGCCGGUGACCGCCAUCGCCUGGGGGAGGGAGGGUGGCGCAGCCAGUGUGCGUGGGGGCUCUCCCUAAAGUGACCGGUGUGUGGGGGUGUGGGUGGCUCUCCCUAAAGUGACAUAGCAAGUUCUUGCUAAAACUAGAUGCAGAGACGACCUCGGAAGCCCAGUGGCUGAGGCCCGCUUGCUUCGGGGGCUGAGAGGGGCCUGACCGACACUGGGCCAGGGAGAGAAAGCGCCCUGCCACCCAGCAGGGGACGGAAGGACGUCCUGGGGCUGCGUGGGAGCCGAGGACCCCCCACGGGUUUCGGGACCUCGCGCUCCGGCCGUCAGUGGCAGGCCCGUCUGCGUCCUUCCUGCUGCAGCCCAGAGGCCGGUCCCUGAGCCAUCGGAGACGUGCAGGGGACGGGGCACCCGCGGGGUCAGGACGGAGCCUUCCAGAAUGUGGGUCCAGGGGUCAUACUGGGUCGAAUGGUGUCCCCCCCAACAAGUUCACAGAACGUGACUGCUCAGUUGACCUUUGAACAGCGCGGGUUUGAACUGCGCUUGUUGCUCAUACAGGGUUUUUGGAAAAUCGUGCAGUACUGCAAGUGUAUUUUCCUCGUGAUUUUCUUAAUAACGUUUUCUUCCCUCCAGCUUACUUUGCAGUGUGUAACCCACAUAACGCACAAAAUAUGUGUUCAUGCACCGUUAUGUGCUCGGCGUGGCCUCCGGCCCGACAGCGGGCUACUAGUUGAAUUUUUGGGGACUCAGAAGUUACGCGCGGAUUUCGACCGCACGGAGGGCGGCGCGGGUUCUGGGGCCCGGGGACAGGCGUGGGUCCGGUCCCCACCGUGACCGCACCUUUCUCCCCGCGCAGCUCUGCCCUCUCAGGAGCCUGCAUUUUCUGGAGAGGAGAGCAUGGCUGCCGGCCGCCCGCUGCCCUGGGCCCCGGUGCAUCAGGAGUCGGUGACCUUCCAGGAUGUGGCCGUGGGCUUCUCCCCGGAGGAGUGGGCUUUGCUGGAUCAUUCUCAGAGGAAGCUCUACCGAGAGGUGAUGCUGGAGACCCGCCGGAACCUGGCCUCCGUGGAAGCCUCGAAGGACCAACGUCCUGAUACAGUUAUCGAGGAUGGUACAUCUUCUCCAGCACAAAGCUCUCGAGACAGCAGCCUUUCCCUGUGGACAGGGUGUUCACUCUUUCAGCCAGCGGUGUCUUUCCACCUGGAGCAGGGAGCAGCCAUGAUGAUGAGAGCGAAAGGAAUUCCCCAAGCCUCCUGUCCAGAUCGGGAGACUAGACUGGAAAUCCAAGGGUCAGUUUACAAGGAGGUGGUUUUGGAGGAAGAACCACUUGGUGGUACCAAGCUUCCCAGAGAAGACUGGGGACGUGGGCAACGUAAAGAGAAACAUGAAGAUUCCCAGAGGCUUUUGAGUCAGAUGGCGUACCUCCAAGGAAAGGCAUUUGCUCACGAGAAGGCUACUGCCUGGCAUGAAUUUGGGAAAAACUGUAUUCCGAGCUCAGGCCUUGUUUCCUCGCAGGGAAAUUGUGCUAUGGGAAAACACUUCUAUGACUGUGACCUAGAUGUUGAGAGUUUGGUCGCUAAUCCAUUCUUAAACCACCGUCAGGUGGGACAUAUAGACCAGAGACCCAGGGAAAGCAGCGAAUGUGCAGAAGACCUCAGCCAAAAUAGUUCCCUAAUUCAAAGCAGAAUAACUCAAUCUUCUGCAUAUGCAGACAGCGGGAGGUCGUUUAAUCGCAACAUGGCUCUUAUGAUACACAACAAAAUUGACACAUUGGAGAAACCCUAUGAAUGUCCCCAGUGUGGGAAAGUGUUUAACCGGAGGCAUUCCCUGAGCGAGCAUCGGAGAACUCACACAGGAGACAGGCCAUACGAAUGCAGGGACUGUGGGAGGGCCUUCACUCACAGCUCAACCCUCACUCGGCAUCUGAGAACUCAUACUGGGGAAAAGCCCUACGCAUGUGGAGAGUGUGGGAAAGCCUUCAACAGGAUUUCGUCUCUUACCCAACAUCAGAGGAUUCACACAGGGGAAAAGCCCUAUAAAUGCAAAGACUGUGGGAAAUCCUUCUGCCAGAGCUCUUACCUGAUCCUGCACCAGCGAACACAUACUGGCGAGAAGCCCUAUGAAUGCGACGAGUGUGGGAAGGCCUUCAGCGACCGCUCGUCACUUAACCAGCACGAGCGAACUCACACUGGCGAGAACCCCUAUGAAUGUGAUCGGUGUGGACGAGCCUUCAGCCAGAGGUCCUCCCUGGUUAGGCACGAGAGAACGCACACUGGGGAGAAACCGUACGGCUGUCGCGAGUGUGGGAAAGCCUUCAGCCAGACUUCCUCCCUCAUCGCACACCAGAAAACUCACACUGGUCCAAAAACCUAUAAAAUCGUUGACUGUGGGAAAGCUUUCUAUCAGAGCAGCCACUUCAUUGCAUUUUAGAGCUUGCUUGCUGUCCUGGCAAGUACUCUCAGCACUCUACCAAAUAAGAGUGGUUAGACAGUGCUCCGCUGACAUCCUACUUGAAGCAGGUUUAUGCCACAUUCUUGAAGAAAGCACUGAAGCGCAGAUCUGAGAAGGGGCCUUUUAAUGGGGCAAGUUGUCCAGUGAGCUCCAGCCUCUUAGAAAAGAUGGGUAGAUGGGACCACUGACAUCGAAUGGGAUUUUGCUAAGAGUGAUCUCCUUAAUUGAGUUGUCGAAUCAAAAGAUAUUCUUUCAACGUUUUGUUUCAGGUGUCAGUAUUUUCUUUUCGAUCAUCUAUCUCAAUAUUUUACUUAGAGCGUGCUCAGUUUUUCAGUCUCGAUCGCUCCUUUCCCUGUAACAAGUAUUUACAGGGAACCUGGACUGUCUGUGGUGCCAUGUGGCUGUGGACAAGACAGACAUAUAUGCUAGUGUUGAGGAAACAGCAUGGCUUCAUGGACAUGUGAUCUGUGUGGUCACCAAGACUCUGCUCUCCGAAAGGUCCUGUCAUUGUUUUAAUACUCUGCUGUAUCCGUUUCAAUAUUAUUAAUAAUUUUGAACAAACGGUCUCCCCUAUAUUUUCAUUUUGCAGCAAGCUUUGCACGUUAUGUAGCCAGACCCAUGAUGGAGUGAGGGGCAGGGACAGAUGUUAAACAAGUAACCAAAUACUUUAAAUCUUUACCAAUUUUGGUAGAUCCUUUGGAGCACAGCAACGGGAUGCUAGUGUAAGAGAUAGAGAGGCACCAACAUAAGAUAGGGCCUUUCCGAGGGUCUAAAUUUAAGUUGAGAUGCGAGUCAUUGGAGCACUUGAGAUGAAGAAUUUCACCAGAGGAGAGCUUCACUUUAGCUCUGUUUUUACAUGUGGUUUCAUGAGUAUCCAAAGAAAUAUUUACCACUUUGUUUUGAUUUCUCUGACUCAAAAGUAUUUUGAGAGAGAAUAUAUUUUUCAAACUUCCGGGUGUUUAAAUAUCCAUUCCCUGCUCCAUGGAAAACAAAUUGUUUUUCUCCUUACACUGGCUCGCUCCUCCCAUACUGUGUUGGAUGAGAGCGUUGAGAAUAGAUUUUCUUGAUUCGUUCCUGGUCUUAGGGCAGCAUUCGAUCGUUCGCCACAGAGUGUGACGUUAACUGUAUUAUCUUCACAUAUGCCUUUCAUCCUUACUCUUUCAUUAAAUUUCUGUCUUUGUUACACUGUGGUCUGA